AUGGCAACAGCCGUCACGUCACAAAUUGUGCCUCCCAUAGCUUUGGCCCACUUUAUCCUGGAUCGAUUGAGUUAUGCCUAUAAUGUGUGCGAACUCGAUCAGAAUGGGCAACCGAGCAGCCGCAUGUUACCAAAUCGUCUUGGUGCCCGCCGUCCGCAGGACGAUGACCUCGCGCUGAAGGCUGCUCUUGAUGCAGUUGGUGCGAGGCCACUGUUUUCCGACGAUGAUUAUCCGCUCUUAAGUGAAGCUGUUCGAAGACAGAAGGGAGAAUUGGCGAUCGCAUUGUUGACACGGCACAGAGAUUCUACCGAGAAGCUUGGUCUAAUUUUGGAUAGGCUUUUGGAUCCAUCAAUUCAUAAGAUGUACUCAUGGCACCAGUCAAAUGCAGCAUAUUUUCUGGACAGAGAUCCAGGGUAUCUUAAACUUGGCCAGCGAGGUCAACGUCCAACUUUUCCGAUACCUUCGCACUCCCCACCAGUGCUGAGAUCUGUCUCUCUGCAGUCAGCUGACUCGAAAAGCAGUACAUUCGACGAAGAGGUGGAGUAUAUAUCAGAGCAAAUGCAUUCACUUGCCACAAGCUCGAGACGAUCUUCCGAUGAAGGUAAUGAAAGUAUUCGCAGUACUCCUACAUCGGCAUCUGUUGUCACUGAAACCAGUGAGCCACCAUCGUCAUCGAAACCGAGUGGUAGUAAAGCAAAACAACGAGUGGUGCCGGCGCCGUGUACAACGGAAGCCCAUGCUCAUUACAUGCAUGAGUUAGCAAAGAGGGUCCUGACAGAAGCAGGAGGGAGUCAGAGCUCGGUUGUCUUUGCUCCCAUCGGGCAGAGUCCGCUAGCAUCUAAUCGGAAACUGCAUAUGUGCGCGUUUCUCAUUGGAAUGUACGCCAUAGGUUUGCAUAACCAGGUGUGCACGAGCUGGAGAUCGAGAACUUACAGCACACAUGUUUCAUGGAUUAAUUUGCAAGCUUCUGAACUGGGGCUUAUGGCAAUUGAAGUGGUUCGUGAAACAUGGCCGACUCACUUGACUCCUUCCGAAGCAGCGGGACUCGCUGAUAAGGCUGGUCAGUCGCGUGACCCUGCUGUGGUCGAAGAAGCUGCCCGACUUGCGCUGUCAGUGCUGCCGUACGCCUACACGCUAAGCGCGGCUGAAACACAACGUGCUCUUUUGCAGUGUCGUGAGCAAGGAGCCGCGCUUCUGGAAAGUGCGUGCCGUGCGAUUGAAGAGGCUGCUAAUCAAGAAAUUGUAUUUGCUGAUGUCCUAUUUCGCGUGGCGCGAUACUGGCACGAUUUACACUAUGAACUAGAUCAUCCCACUGUACAUCAGCAACAACAUCAAAAUCAACCCGGAUCUCAAGCUGUACAAUUUAACUCCAAUAACCAACAUCAACACCAGGCAGGCAAUGGUAAUAAUCUAUCUGUAUCUGUGGCGAAUGAGAUGGGACGAUUGCAUCAAAGCCAGUCAGCACCUCAGUUGUCGGGCUCGCGGCUUGGCGCUCAAAUGGGAUCAGAAACGCGGCCUCGUCUCGUAAAUGCCCAUCGUGUUGGCAUACGGGCAUUGGCGACAAUCGCCGCGAGUGCUAACGAUGAGACCCGACAGUAUAGUAAAUACUCUCAAACACCACCGUUUGCCGAGGAUAUUCGAUGGUUGUUCACAAUAUCAGUACAGUUAGGAACUCCAUAUUUUGUUAGCUUCCUCGAUGCUGUUGCAAAAGCUGUAUCUUCACCAUUCUUGCUUUUCCAAUUUGCUAUGGAAGCAAACACCCGUCUUCCACCUUAUCCUCAGCAGUACUCUAUGCCACCUAUCAACCGCUCGAUGCCGCCUCCUCAGCCAAGUCAUUCGAGCAAAGCCUUUGCUCAUGUCGCCGGAAGGGUUUGUUGA